AUGAAAGAACUUAUCAUCUCAGGAGUAGUGGUGGUCGAGAUGAUCGUAGAAGGUGGAGGUUCGAUAAUAGCAUCAAUCUCAGGUGAAUUAUUGAGAGAAAUUGUCAUCUCAMGAGUAGUGGUGGUCGAGAUUAUCGUAGAAGGUGGAGGUUCGAUAAUAGCAGCCUCAGAGUCAGAGACCUCUGUUUCGAGACCCGUAGAAGAAGGCAUAUCGGUGACAGUUCCGGUGGUGAUAUCGACUGGAUUUGGCAGAGGAGAAGACAUCGGAGACUCCACUAUGGCUGGAAAAUCUAGUGCAAGAAAUCCAGUAUCCUCGAUUUCAACUAUUGCCGGCGGAGACGUGAUGAUUUGA